UGCAGUGGUCGAAAUGGAAUUCAAAGAAACCAAUAGUUUUAGUUUGGAUUGGGACCAGAAUUUCACUGCCGAAGUGAUCCAAUUGAUGGACGCCAUUGAAGCCACUCUUCAGUCCUCUUCAUCUUCUUCUCCAUCUUCUCUCGUCAAGAAACGCCAGUCCACCAGCCUCCAAGAAAACAACCCCCAAACCUGCCGGAAAUUACCUGAUUCCAUUGUCUCUCCACCACCUUCAUUUCCAUUUUCCUUCUCACGCUGUCAAGCUCGUCCGAGGUUUAGAUAUCCGCUAUUGAGAUUUGGAGGUCAAAUUCUGUAUAGCAGAACAGAAGCUGAGGUAGAAAAAGCUGCAAUGGAGCUUUUGAAAGUUCUUGAAAUCCAGAAAAAAGAAAUGGGUCAAGUUUCUAUAGGGUUUGAUAUUGAGUGGAAACCCUCUUUCCAAAGAGGUAUUUUGCCUGGGAAGGCUGCAGUCAUGCAGAUAUGUUGUGACAAUAGGUAUUGUUAUGUGAUGCAUAUUAUUCAUUCUGGAAUACCUCAAAGUCUGCAGGUUCUCCUUGGGGAUUCCACAAUUAUAAAAGUUGGAGUUGCAAUUGGUGGCGAUGCUGUCAAGGUGUUCAGGGACUAUAAUGUAUCUGUCAAAGCUGUGGAAGAUCUUUCAUAUCUGGCAAAUCAGAAGCUCAAUAGCGAUCCCCAAAAUUGGAGUCUUGCAGCCCUCACUGAGAAGCUUGUUUGCAAAGAGCUUCCGAAGCCCAAGAGAAUUAGGCUGGGAAACUGGGAGUUGUAUCCUUUAUCCAAGGAGCAACUACAGUAUGCAGCAACAGAUGCUUUCGCUUCAUGGCACCUAUAUCAGGUCUUAAAGAACCUCCCUGAUGCAGUAAAGGAUCCGGCAGGUAAAAGUAAAGGCAGAGUUCUCUUAGUUUCAUAGAGAGAAGCGAGCCAAAGGCCAAGAAACAAAGAGGUUCAGUAUUUGCCUAUUUGGGAAUUCCUUGUGUGUAUUCUUGGCCACUUGGGAAUUCAUUGUUUAUAUGCUGUUGCAUAUGAUUUAAUGUAUACAGCUUAACUAUGCCAUGUUCCAGGAAAGAUGAUUC